CACCCGGCUUUGUCAAUGACAGUAAAAAAACUCGUCUCACAACACACUCAAUCUGUAUUUCCAGGUCCUAAACUACAUCUGGACGCCGAUCAUGCCAAUAUAGACGCUUGCCACGUAACUGCAGACGGUGAGUUGAUCAACUCGCCGUCCUACACACGGUCAGAUCAGGAGAGGCACAGGUUACAGGAGUAUCAUGGGGCCUGUACUUCCACCCCCAUCCCCCUACUUCCACCCCACUCCACUCUCAUCCCAGCAUACAGCACACCUAGAUACUGGGAAACACUCACCAGGUUGCGGUUGGUGAGGGGAAUGUGGUUGCGGCCUGUACUGGAGAUGGGGGUGAGUGAGGCAGGACAGGUGGACACGGAGCGGUGGGUUUCUCGUCAGCGUCGCUCCUGGUGUGUCAGUGUGGGGAGCUGUAACAGACACCAGGGUGUAUGUACCACGGUAUACAGGGGGGGUGAGCAAGGCGAGUGUCAACAGAACACCAUGUCCGGCGCUCCCGGCAGACAGGCCACCCUCCACUAUGGCGUUGUGCUGGAUGUGGCGAGGGGAAGACUCGCAUUUAUCGACUUGAACAGAGAGAUUGUUUUAGCCAAGUUUGAUGAGAUGUUCACUGAAGACCUGUACCCCAUGUUUGGUGUUUCGCCGCUGCCAGAUCCCACCACUCUCAACAUGAAGCUGGUCAGCGGUGAGGACAUCGACAUCACUGACACAAAGAAGUCUCUGAUUCACGAUGCGCUGACAUAGAAAACACGCCAGACAUGAGACCGUGUGACGUUACAGUGUAACAGAGAGAUUUAUACCAGCUGUUUCAAUCACAUCUUCGUUACAAAGCGAAGCGGACAUAGAAGGGUCCGUUUUGUUUCUUGUUUCAUGUUUACAAAAAGUAGCGAGGUUUGCUAAAUGUGAUGUUUUGCUACACGGGGUGAUUGUACAAUGUCUACAAAGUAGUUAGAAAUACCA